UUCACAUCGCAAUUAGUUAAUCCAAGGCAUCCAUCAUCCAUAUGGGCAUGACUUCUCCUCCUCCUUCUCCUCUCUCCUUCCUCUUCCUCCUCUUCUUCCUCCUCGUCCCAUAUCUCUUCUCCUCCGCCAUUUCCAUUUCCAAUUCUACCUCGACCUUCACUUCCGCGGACUCGCCAUGGCUCCCAACGCGGAGCAACCAGUCCGCCCCUUUGUCCAACCCCACCCUGCGCUCCCGCAACGGCCUCUACCUCCUCGUCAACCGCUCCACCCUCGUCCUCUCCGACGGCGGCAAGGGCUACUGGACGGAGCGCGCCGGCAUCGAGAAGCUCACCCCCGACGGCCAGCUCCAGAUGGACAACGCCAACACCGACGUCGUGUCCGACCUGCGCCGCCCCGCCGCCCUCCGCCGCCUCACCCUCGACGACGACGGCAACCUCCGCGUCUACAGCCUGCGCCCCCCCUGGGAGGUCGUCUGGCAGGCCGUCCAGGAGCUCUGCACCGUCCCCGCCGCCUGCGGCAGGGGUAACAACUCCAUCUGCCUCCCGAACGGCAGCUUCUCCACCUCCUGCGUCUGCCCUCCCGGCUUCCGCAACUCCUCCUCCGCCGCCGGCGGCACCUCCAGCUGCGCCCUCCGGCGAAGCUUUCUGCCCGACAGCAAGUUCCUCCGGCUCGACUACGUCAGCUUCGUCGCAGACGGCAACGAGUAUGCAGAACACUCGCCGCUCAAUUUCGACGGCUGCCGGUCGGCCUGCGUGCAGAAUGCCACCUGCGUCGGAUUCAGCUACGACUUCACCGGCGGCCGGACGUGCUACAAUCACUUCGGCGCGCUCGUGGACGGCUACUGGUCGCCGGCCAACGCGAUGGCGAUGUUCGUCCGGGUGUCGGCGUCGGAGACGGACGCCAGCAAUUUCACGGGGAUGACGGCGCCGGUGGAGACGGUCUGCCCGGUGCGCGUGGCGCUGCCGGUGCCGCCCAAGGAGGGCAGCGCCACGCUGCGCAACGCGGCGGCCGUGGCGGGGCUGUUCGCGGCCGAGCUGCUCGUCGGCGUGCUCUCCUUCUGGGCCUUCCUCAGGAAGUACUCCAAGUACCGCGACAUGGCGCGCACGUUCGGGCUCGAGCUCCUGCCCGGCGGCGGCGGCCCGAAGCGCUUCUCCUACGCCGAGCUCAAGGCCGCCACCGCCGACUUCUCCAACGUCGUCGGCCGCGGAGGGUACGGCAUAGUCUACAAGGGGAAUCUCCCCGACGGGCGCGUGAUUGCGGUGAAGCGCCUCCUCAGCGUGGGCGGGGGCGAGGCGGAGUUCUGGGCGGAAGUGGCGGUGAUCGCGCGAAUGCACCACCUCAACCUGGUUCGGUUGUGGGGGUUCUGCGCCGAGAAGGACGAGCGCAUGCUCGUCUACGAGUACGUCUCCAACGGCUCCCUCGACAAGUUCCUCUUCCGCCGUCCCGCCGCCGCCGCUACCGACGCCCCCCCUCUCCCGCUCCUCGACUGGAACAUCCGCUACCGCAUAGCCCUAGGCGUCGCGCGCGCAAUUGCCUACUUACACGAGGAGUGCUUAGAGUGGGUCCUGCACUGCGACAUCAAGCCGGAGAACAUACUUCUGGAGGACGACUUCUGCCCUAAAGUUUCGGAUUUCGGAUUGUCGAAGUUAGCUACCAAGAAGGACAAGGUGACGAUGUCGCGGAUCCGGGGGACGAGAGGGUACUUGGCGCCGGAAUGGGUUAUCCAACGAGAGCCGAUCACGGCGAAGGCCGACGUCUAUAGCUUCGGGAUGGUUCUCCUAGAGAUCGUCUCCGGGAGGAGGAACUUCGAGUUUCAGAGAAAAUCUGUCGAUAGCGAGGAAUGGUACUUUCCGCGAUGGGCUUUCGAGAAAGUGUACGUGGAGAAGAACGUCGGGGAGAUACUCGACCCGAGGAUAAUGGAGAGCUACGACGAAACGGAGCACUCUGCGACGGUGGAGAGGAUGGUGAAGACGGCGAUGUGGUGCUUGCAGGAUCGGGCGGAGACGCGGCCGUCGAUGGGGAAGGUGGCGAAGAUGCUCGAGGGGUCGGUGGAGAUCACCGAGCCCUCGAAGCCGGCUAUAUUCUGCGACCCCGACGAAUAGUUGAGCUCAUUUUCACCAAGUAAAUGUUCCGACGAUAUUCCGGCUACAGCAACGUUUAGUUCAGUUGGUUGGUAUCUCUCAAUAAAUAAAUAAAUAAAUGUAUACGAAAUAAGUUAAAAAUAUGAAUUAAAUGAAAUUCAAAUAUGUUUGAGGUAUACUUUGAUUAAUGUAACUAUUCAUCAAAAUCUUGUUGAUAGAAUGUUUGAACUCUGUUACAAAUAGUAAAUUUGGAGCAAUAAAGGAAAUAUAAUAUAAGCUAAAUUA